AUGACAAGCCGCGCCUCGAUGGAGGAUACGGAAUAUAUUUUUAACGCUCGGUUAAACCCCGGAAGCCGCGUUAUGAUUGACGCGAUGAAGCGGAAUUUUAUCCAAAUGGUGGCCGGAUCAUUGCCGAUUUGGAGUUCGUUUGUGAAUUCCGAAGAGCGCAAAUUUCGCGACUGGGCCACAAUUACCGCAAGGAUGAACCAGUUCUUUCCAGAAUGGAAUUUUACAGUGGAGCAACUUAAAAUUCAAUGGAAAAUUUUGCGCGACUCAUACAAGCGAGAACGAAACCGACUGUUGGCCGAUAAGACGCGGAUGAUCAAAUGGAAAUUCUACAAGGAGCUGCAGUUUUUAGAAGAUUCAGGGAUGUUCGGCCCUACUCCUCCAGAUGGCGUUGAACCCAGCAGCGAAGAGUGGGUGGUAGAGCAUCAAAAAUUGGCCAGUGAAAUGUUGGAAAGGAGUAAAAUGGUUGCUCAGGCAAACAAUCAUUACCUAUCCCCCGAAUGUAACAUUGAAGGCCUAACCGAUGGUAUGGAUGGACUUGUUGAUGGGAUGGAAAUACCGAAAGACGAAAAGCAUCGACCCGAAACGGAUGUGCCUGACUUUAGCUUUAAUCAUCUUUUCGAAGGAUGCUCGGAUAAUCCAGACAGCCUGGACGCCCUGAAUCCGUUCAGUAAUACGGUUUCUGUGCCGUCGCCUUCGCGGAGUACGGAUGGUGGGGCCAGCUCUCCAGUGACUGCCUUCUUCAGUCAACAUAUUGGAAUUAACGGGGAAUCGAAAAAUAAGCAGCCUGGAAUGAACAAUGGAAAACCCGAUCAUCAAUUCACCUCCUCCCGGAAGCGCCAAGCGCACGACGCGCAUCAAAUGCAGGAUUUCGUGCGCUACGGCUCAGAAAGCCAGAGGAGAGAUCAAGUCCCCGGCUCCAGCACACCCACACCUGCACCAACCCAACCUGUCGUCAUGGACAAGUUCGAACUGCUAGGAAAAACUGUAGCUCAGACCCUGCGUGACCAUUUCGCCGACGACGAGCUUAGCGUCGAAGAAGCUUUCAUCGGAAUCGAAGAAGCGCUACACAAUUUGAGAAAAGAAGUACUGAUGCGCAGGAAGCGGAUGAAACGUGAUAAUGAUAGUGCG